AUGGUCGAACGCCGUCGUUUUCUCUCAUACAAUAACUCACCACAUUCACUUGCAGACGACAUGGCCAAGGACAAGGAGAGCAAGGUUACAUUCAACCUCAAAACCCCCAAGGGAACGAGGGAUUGGUCAGGUGCAGACACCCUCAUUCGCGAUCGUAUCUUUUCUACCAUCACCAAUGUCUUUCGACGUCACGGCGGAACCGCCCUCGAUACCCCCGUCUUCGAGCUCCGAGAGAUUCUAGCUGGCAAAUAUGGCGAGGACUCCAAACUCAUCUACGACCUGCAAGACCAAGGUGGCGAGAUUUGUUCGUUGCGAUACGAUUUGACCGUCCCCUUCGCACGAUGGCUGGCCAUGAACCCCGAUAUCCGCAGUAUUAAGCGCUAUCACAUUGCAAAGGUCUACCGACGUGAUCAACCGGCCGUUGCAAAGGGUCGUAUGCGCGAGUUUUAUCAAUGCGACUUUGAUAUUGCUGGUGCCAACUUUGAUCCUAUGGUGCCUGAUGCAGAGGUUCUGAAGGUUAUCAAUGAGGUUUUUGAGGAUCUUGGUUGGCAAGGGAAGUUUACGAUUAAGAUCAACCACCGAAAGGUUUUGGAUGGUAUGUUUGAAGUUUGCGGUGUUCCCCAAGACAAGAUUCGACCGAUUUCCAGUGCCGUUGAUAAGCUCGAUAAAGCGCCUUGGGCCGAUGUCCGGAAAGAGAUGGUUGAAGAAAAGGGUCUCGAUGCGGCCGUUGCGGAUAAGAUUGAGAAAUAUGUCAGCAAGAAGGGACGCAAGGAUUUAUACGCAGAAUUAUUAAAAGAUGAGGAAUUGAUGGCCAACGCGGCUGCCAAGCAAGGUAUUGAGGAAAUGGGACUUUUGAUGGAUUAUCUCGAAGCCUUCGGCGUACUUGAUACCAUUUCUUUCGAUCUCAGUCUGGCCCGUGGUUUGGAUUAUUAUACUGGAGUCAUUUAUGAAGUCGUCACAGAAGGCUCGGCACCGACAGCAGCAACAUCGGCACCAGAAGCCAAGAAUCUACAGCGAUCAGCGAAGAAGUCCAAGGCUCCGAAGGGUGAAGAUGAUGACCGGUCGAACGAUCCAACUAUUGGCGUGGGUAGUAUUGCGGCUGGUGGACGAUAUGACAACCUCGUGGGCAUGUUCUCUCCAAAGGCGCAGAUUCCAUGUGUUGGCAUUUCAUUUGGAGUUGAUCGUAUAUUCUCUGUUACGAAAGCUCGCAUGGAGAGAGAAAAGGCUAGUGAGGUCCGCAACAACGAAGUUGAUGUGUACGUGAUGGCUUUUGGAGGAAAGGGAUUCACCGGUAUGCUCAAGGAGCGUAUGGAAAUCUGCAAGACCUUGUGGGCUGCAGGCGUAAAGGCUGAAUUCUCAUAUAAACUCAAACCUAAACUCCCACAACAAUUCAAAGCUGCCGAGACGUCAGGAAUCCCCUUUGGCGUGAUUCUCGGUGAAGACGAAUUGGCCGCCGGUCAAGUCAAGAUCAAAGAAAUGGGUCUUCCCGAGGGUCACCCCGAAAAAGAAGGCGUAUUAGUCGAUAUCAAGAACCUAGUUUCCGAGAUCAAACUACGAAUAGAUAAGAAGAAUCAAGGAGUUGAGACGAGCACCGUGAUCGCCACCGACGCCGUGGAAUCUACAACUGCAGCAGCCGCAAACUUGACUGUGAGCGAUAACGCCGCCGCUCAAAAGACGGAAGACGCAGGUGUUUGA